AUGGGGACCUUGAAGGAAGUGAUUGACAAAGAUUUGGCCCAUGGACAUGUUUGUUUACUCAAGGCCCAAGAUGUCGUGAUAGAUUUUGAAAAGAAAACAGUUUCAGCCCAGAAAAAGAAAAUGGAUACUUGUCAGCCGCAGCCUGUAGCAGGUUGUUCUUAUAAGACUUAUGAAUCUUCACUGAGUGCUGCACAUAUUUCCCAGGAUUCUGGAGAGGAACCCCUUUGUUUGGACGACUCCAUCUCGGAUAUGAACAAUUUUAAUACCGAGAUCUGUGGUACCGAGAAACAGAUAUCAAAAACCCAAGCAAACCAUGAUGAAGUGCAGGCUUUGGUGCAGCCUUUAUUAUCAAAUAUAACUCGGGAAAUACAGUGGAGUGAUGGGUCUAUUAUGCUGCUAAUUGCGGCAUAUAAAGAUUCGAGAGAAAAGUUUAGCUCCCCGCUUUAUAAUAAAAAAAAAGUGUGGGAGUUAAUCAGCCAAUCUUUGGCUAAGCAGGGAGUUUUUAAAAGUGCCACAGAAUGCGACGAGAAGUGGAGGAACCUAAAGAAACAUUAUGAUAAAAUUUUGACGGAGAGAAACAUGACUGGAAACUCGGCCAUAUUUUGGAGAUUUUUUGAAGAUUUUCAGGAAAUAUAUUUCAGAGACCCUAGAUUUCAACCUGUGGCCACUUGUUCUAGUAGUGGUGGUUACAAAAGGAGAGCAGACUCCGAAAAUUCUGAUGAGAAUUCCGCUUGUGGAAGUAAAUCAUUAUUUGAAAAAAAAAAAGGGUAA